AUGGGGUCUUGCCAGUUGAGGUCUUCAUCAAUCUGCAUUGUGUUGACUGACUCUACUUCUUCAAUGCCUGGUCGAGAUGGAGUGUUUGAACUAGUGGGGAAUUCUUUUGAAAGUCCUUGGACUUUAUCGAGUUCUUCGUUGUUUGAAGAUGGAAAGCCCAGUGUGAUGGCUUGUUCCAAAAAAGUUCCGUCUAGGGGUGAGAACCAGGUGGCCGGAGCCGUGUGGAGAAAAUAUAGAGAGAAGAGAGUGGAGAGGGCGGCGGCUAUAGUGUUGCCGUCGGCUAGGAAGAGAGAGGGAGAGAGCUUGGUUUAUAGUGAAUGUGAUGGUGGAGGUGGUGGUGGUGGCAGUGACGGUGAUCGGGAUGACAGUGGUAAUGGUGAUAGUGGCGGUUAUGGUGGGGCUGGUAGUGGAGGUGAUGGCGAUUGGUGGUGGUGGUGGUUGUGUUGGGGGGUGGCGGUGGUGGUGGCAGUGACAACGAUAACUAUGGUGGUGGUGGCGACGGCAAUGGUGAUAGUCAUGAUAAGAUGGUGGUAG